CUUUUGAUCCGUUAUUUUUUAGGUUUUUUCUGUUUAUCUUAGGUUUAUUUACUGCUCUACUUCAAUCAACGUCUUUCCAAUCCCCCUUUUUGCGAUCGUGCUCUCUUCACACCUGUGGUUUGGUUCUACUGUGUUCGUUUUCUGAGGCAAAAUGGCUGUGCCUGUUUCUGCAAUUGGUUUCGAAGGUUAUGAGAAGAGGCUGGAAAUAUCCUUCUUUCAGCCUGGAAUCUUUUCUGACCCAGAAGGAAAGGGUCUGAGAUCUCUUACAAAGUCCCAGUUGGAUGAGAUUUUAGCACCAGCAGAGUGCACCAUUGUUUCAUCACUGUCAAACGACGAGGUUGACUCCUAUGUUCUUUCUGAGUCUAGCCUUUUUGUCUAUCCAUACAAGAUUAUCAUCAAAACCUGUGGGACGACCAAGUUACUCCUUUCAAUCCCACCCAUACUGAAGAUGGCUGAGCUCCUUACCCUUGCUGUUAGAUCUGUGAGGUACACUCGUGGAAGCUUCAUUUUCCCUGGGGCUCAGUCCUUUCCACAUCGUCACUUCUCCGAGGAAGUAACAGUCCUGGAUAGCCACUUUGGGAAGCUUGGAUUGGGAAGCGUGGCUUAUAUUAUGGGUGGCGUGGACAGCCCACAGAAGUGGCAUGUAUACUCUGCUUCUGCUAAUUCAGUGAGCGCAUGUGACUCUGUUUACACCCUCGAGAUGUGCAUGACUGGUUUGGAUAGAGACAAGGCUUCUGUUUUCUACAAAGAUCAAGCUGACUCUGCAGCCCACAUGACUUUGAAAUCUGGAAUCAGAAAGAUCCUUCCAGAAUCCCAAAUAUGUGACUUUGAGUUUGAUCCGUGUGGUUAUUCAAUGAACUCAGUCGAGGGUGCUGCUGUUUCUACCAUUCAUGUUACGCCAGAAGAUGGAUUCAGCUAUGCUAGCUUUGAAACAGCAGGAUAUGAUCUGAAGGCCUUGAAUCUGAAACAACUGGUCUUGAGGGUGCUGUCAUGCUUUGAACCGGAAGAAUUUUCAGUAGCUGUGCAUGUGGACGUUGCGAGAAAGACAUUCGAGCAGUGCUGUUUACUGGAUUUGAAGGGCUACAGUCGCAAAGAGGGGAGCCUUGAGGAGCUUGGAAUGGGUGGUUCUGUUGUCUACCAAAAGUUCGUCAAGACUGCUGAAUGUGGCUCACCUAGAUCGACUCUGAAAUGCUGGAAAGACGAAGUUGAAGAAGAGUAGUUUUAGUUUGUUGCUUUUAAAUUGUCGUCUCUGAUGCGUGUGACCUCUCGUGAUUUCAUGGUUUGUCGUGUUGCCGAAAAUAAAGCUAGCCGGUUAGGCUGGAUCUGGUAUUUCUAGUUGACCUGCUUUUCUUGGUAUUAUUGCCUGUCGUUUCGAUGAAAGUAAAGCCUGCCUGUUAGGCUUUGCGGUUGUAUCGGCAGUGAAUUGUAUUUGUGAUGCGGGACCUUAUUAUGGCUUUAUGAAAUGCAUGUUUUUAUUUA